AUGGAGUUAGGGUCCCACGCGCGAUUAUCGCUUGCCAUCCUACUAUAUACCCUCUUCCAGAAAUCAUCGGCCUCGGCCUCAUUCCCCUCCAUCCAACCCAUCGUCGGCUUUUCAACGCCGUGCACCCUCGCCUACGACACGCCAGUGAACCUCUGCGACAACGAAGAUUUCCAAGGCAUUGGUGGGAAGGGAUCCUGCUCAUCUGCUUGCCAGGCGAACCUGGUUGCGUCGCAGGGAUUUGUGCAGCGGCUGUGUGCGGGACAACAGGCGGACGGGAACAGCAUCAUCGGACACCUCUUCUUGGGCGACAUUGUCGAUUUCCUAUGCGGCGACAAUACCAAUGCUGCAACCACCACGGCGACUACCGCGCGGAUCACCCAAACCAGUAGUUCCGCAGUACAAUCGACUAUGAGCAUGGCAGUCGAUACGAUGCCUCCGGAUACGAGCACAGAAGUGACCUCGUUGAACCCAUCAACAACAACUGCCACUAAGUCCAGCAGGACUGGGUCCGGUAGCGAAACCACAUUGACCACCUCCAGCACGGGCACCAAAAGCACAAAC